AUGUAGUACACUCAGUGGCUGAUUGACAUUAAACUACAAUCGGUUGGAGAGUUUAGUUCAUUCUAGUGCUCAAAAGUCAGUGUAAUAUAGCAGGCUUAAAGACUUCAUGAUCUGACUUCAGUGAUUUUCUAAUACUGCAGCUGCUCUGUUUGGAGAGAGCCGCCCCUCACACCCUCUCGCCAGAAUGUACAUAGAUUCCUGCAUCUCUAAUUAGGAAAACCUUGGCAAAGAGAGUCAACAUAACAAAUCACGUGUACUGUAAUCUGUGGAGAUACAGCUGACUUUUCUUCCUGUAUGUGGUCUCCGUAGUUUCACCUGAACUUCCUGCAUCGGGAUGAAGAGACGAACAGACGCUCCUGCAGACAAAGGCUACUUAGUGGGAGUCUUUUUCUUCAUUCUGGGCUUGGGAACGCUGCUACCAUGGAACUUCUUCAUGACCGCUUCAUUGUAUUUUCAAGGCCGCCUAAACAAAACAGAAUGGAGCAACGGCACAGCGGUGCAAAAAGAAUACUACUUCAACAACUGGAUGACCCUGCUGUCCCAGCUGCCCCUGCUGCUCUUCACCCUGCUCAACUCCAUCCUCUACCAGAGGAUAUCGGAGGCAAUGCGCAUCGCAGGGAGCCUGGUUUUUAUCCUGCUGCUCUUCAUCCUCACAGCAGUGCUGGUCAAAGUGCCCAUGGAGGAAGAUCGCUUCUUCUCCGUCACCAUGGCUACUAUCUGGUUCAUCAACUCGUUCGGAGCCGUGCUGCAGGGUAGUCUGUUCGGACUGGUGGGUCUGCUGCCACAGAAGUACAGCGCCAUCUUCAUGAGCGGCCAGGGCCUCGCCGGGACCUUCGCUGCCAUCGCCAUGCUGAUAGCCAUAGCCAGUGAAGCCGACUCUGAAACAGCAGCGUUGGGUUACUUUGUCACGCCGUGUGUGGGCACCCUGGUCACACUGUUCAGCUACCUGCUCCUGUCCCGCAUGGAAUUUGCUCAAUAUUAUCUGGACAAAAGCAUCAAAUACGAGGCGGGCACUACAGACGAACUGCUGACAGAGAGCAGCACAGUGGAGAACGGUAAGGUGAACGGCCACGCUAACGGCUCCGUGCCCGGCAGCACUACUACAGACAGCAGUCCAGCCGAGGCAGAGGUGGACCUGCACCCCAGUCCAGACGGGACCAAGCAGUCCUUCCUACCACUGGAGCAGGCGGAGAAGGGACAAGCCAAGGCCUCGGUUGUAGAGGUCUUCAAAAAGAUUUGGGUGAUGGCGUUCUGCGUGACGUUUGUGUUCACAGUCACUCUGUCCGUCUUCCCUGCUGUCACAGCAGAUGUCAAAACAUCCUCCCCAGGAAAUUGGGAGCGCUUCUUUAUCUCAGUGUGCUGCUUCUUGAUUUUCAACCUUGGUGACUGGCUCGGCCGGACAAUCACCACCGUAAUACGCUGGCCUCGUAAAGAGUCCCGUAUCUUCCCGGCACUCGUCGUCUCCAGGGUGGUGUUCGUCCCUCUGCUCAUGCUCUGCAAUGUCCAGACCCGCUCCUACCUUCCUGUCGUCUUCGGCCAUGACGCUGCUUUCGCCACCAUCAUGAUUUUCUUCUCUCUGUCCAGUGGAUACUUCGUGUGCCUCUCCAUGUCCUACGCACCGCAGUUGGUGGAGCCCAAGGAUGCAGAGACCGCAGGAGCCCUGAUGACCUUCUUCUUGGCUCUGGGUCUUUCCAUUGGAGCCGCACUGUCCUUCCCCCUCCGAGCUCUGGUCUAGACUGUAGUGUCACACACACACACACACACACACACACACACACACACACACAC